AAACACUUGAAACCCUAGAUUCCUUCCCUAAAUCCCCAAUUCAAUCUCUCUCUACUCACGGGGAAUUCUUUGGGUAUCUGAAAAAUCAAUAAUCAAAAGAGGGGUUUCGAUCGCGACCUGUUCAGCGGAGUUCGAGAUCUCCUUCGCUUUGAUUCAAAAGAUUUAAUAAUAUUUGCUUGUGUUGAAGUUGUGUUGUCCUGCAAGUGGAGUGCAUCUUGAACAUAUUUGAUGGAUGAUGACUGUUCCGAUGGAUAACUUGUCUGCUGCUCCAUCACAGGAGCUUGUCCAACGUCUUUACAACAAGAAUAUUGAGUUGGAGAAUAAGCGCCGUAAGUCAGUGCGGGCAAGAGUCCCCUCAGAUCCCAAUGCAUGGCAACAGAUGCGUGAGAACUAUGAAGCCAUAAUUCUUGAGGAUCAUGCUUUUUCUGAACAACAUGAUAUAGAGUAUGCACUAUGGCAAUUGCACUACAGGAGAAUUGAGGAGCUGAGAGCACAUUUCAGUGCUGCUCUUGCUUCUACAGUGUCGAGCACUUCUCCAGGUCGGAAAGGCCCUGCUCGUCCUGAUCGUAUUGCUAAAAUCCGUUCUCAGUUUAAAACCUUUCUUUCAGAAGCAACUGGAUUUUAUCAUGAUCUAAUAUUGAAGAUUAGAGCAAAAUAUGGGCUGCCUCUGGGUUAUUUCUCUGAUGAUCCAGAGAAUCAAACCAUUCUUGCAAAAGAUGCAAAGAAGUCUACUGAGGUGAAGAAAGGCUUGUUGUCCUGUCACCGUUGUCUGAUAUAUUUGGGGGACCUUGCACGGUACAAAGGAUUGUAUGGAGAGGGUGAUUCCAAAACGCGUGAUUAUACAGCUGCUUCAAGUUACUAUAUGCAGGCUGCUUCACUGUGGCCUUCAAGUGGCAAUCCCCAUCAUCAGCUUGCCAUACUGGCUUCUUAUUCAGGAGAUGAUUUGGUGGCAAUUUACCGAUACUUUAGGAGUCUGGCUGUGGAUAGUCCUUUUUCUACUGCAAGGGACAACUUGAUUAUUGCAUUUGAGAAGAACCGUCAGACCUACUCACAGCUACCUAGGGACACGAAGGCUUCUGUUAAGGCAGUUCCUGUGCGAAUGACUGGGAAAGGAAGAGGAAAAGGGGAAGCAAAGGUUUUAUCAAAGGAUACCAAAACUCAAGUCACUUCAAACAAGGAGAUAACUAUACCUGAGAUUUUUAAAGCAUUCUGCAUUCAAUUUGUCCGGCUAAAUGGCGUUCUUUUCACACGGACUAGCUUGGAGACCUUUGCAGAAGUCUUCUCUUCAGUUACCAGUGAUCUAGAUGAACUUCUUUGUUCUGGGCCAGAAGAGGAGCUUAAUUUUGGUUCAGAUGCAGCUGAGAACGGGCUUCUUGUUGUUAGGUUUGUAGCAAUUCUUAUAUUCACGGUACAUAAUGUGAAUAGGGGCGCUGAAGGCCAAUCUUAUGCUGAGAUAUUACAGCGUUCAGUUCUACUUCAGAAUGCAUUUACUGCUGCAUUUGAGUUUAUGGGACACAUCCUCAAAAGAUGCAUACAGUUGCAUGAUCCCUCGUCAAGUUAUCUCCUGCCUGGUAUUUUGGUUUUUGUGGAAUGGUUAGCUUGUCGACCAGAUAUUGCAGUUGGCAGUGAAGUUGAGGAAAAACAAGCUGCUGCUAGAUCAUUCUUUUGGAACGAGUGCAUAUCCUUUCUGAACAAGCUCAUGUUGAACAGUUUAGUCUCUGUUGAUGAUGACAAAGAUGAGACCUGCUUUUUCAAUAUUGGCCGGUAUGAGGAAGGGGAAACUGCGAACAGACUUGCAUUGUGGGAAGAUUUUGAGUUGAGGGGGUUCUUGCCUAUUCUUCCAGCGCAGCUGAUAUUGGAUUUCUCGAGAAAGCAUUCCAUUGCCGGUGAUGAUGGGAAUAAGGAGAAAAAAGCUCGUGUGCAAAGGAUUAUAGCUGCAGGAAGAGCCCUUGCAAAUGUAGUACGGAUUGAUCAGCAAGGAAUAUAUUUUGAUCAGAAGCUGAAGAAAUUUGCUAUUGGUUGUGAGCCUCAAAUGUCUGAAGAUUUCAUGCUUGCUACUUCGGAUUUAACCAUGUCAAAUGGUUUGACACCAGAUAAAAAAUUGAAUUUGGGUAUUGUGCAACCAAAAGCACAGUAUGUGGAAGUAGAAGAGGAGGAUGAAGUGAUAGUAUUUAAGCCAACUGUUGCUGAGAAGCCUGCUGGCAUGGAUGCUCCGAAGUGGCCCUCCUAUGAGAUCCUUCAGCCUACUGAAAAUGUUCCUAAAGGUGAAUGGAACGGUUAUAUGGGUUCUGUUUCAGCUCCUCUCAAUAAUCUUUCAUUGCAUGGUGCUUUGGAUUUCAGUUCUCGACCACCUGCUUCUUUUGCUAAUAUUGUCCCGCAACAAAUGCAACCAAUUAAUGCAAGUGCUUCAAAGUGGCUUGUGGAACCAGAGGAUUCUCUUGCUAAUGGGAUUGAGAAUAUCAGCUUUGCUGGCAAUGUGCCAGAGCCAAAACUCGAUUUGCAGGGUGGCUUCAGUGUUGUACAGUCUCAUGCGCCUUCACUCACCCUUCCUCCUGUGAAUACAACCAAUGGAAGUGUAUUGUCUGGUCAGACAAAAGCCACAGAAACUGAAAUACCAUCCAAAUUUGAUUCGAUUAUGUCAUCAGGAGCUACUGUUGAUAGUCUUAUGGUGAAGCCAUUCUCAGCCUUUCCACCGAAUUCAAGAAAGAACCCCGUGAGUCGACCGGUUAGGCAUUUUGGGCCUCCACCAGGGUUUAGUCAUGUUCCUUCCAAGAAUUUGGAUGAACCCAUGGCGGGUUCAGAUUUGAAGAAUGAGAAUUCACUAAUGGAUGAUUAUAGCUGGCUGGAUGGAUAUCAGUUUCCAUCGUCGACCAAAGGCAUUACACAGAACUCCAUAAAUCACAUGACAAAUUUGACCCCACAUCUCAUGAACAGCAGUGGCUUGACAGGGACAAUCAGCUUUCCUUUUCCUGGAAAACAAGCUAAUGUGCAGGUACAAGUGGAAAAUCAGAAAACCUGGCAGGAGUACCAGCUUCAGGAGCAACUGAAACUAUACCAGGGACAGCAGCAUCAGCUGCAGCUCCAGAAUGGGAAUCAGCAAUUUACUCCGCAGCCUGAGCAAUAUCAGGGACAAUCUCUCUGGUCUGGUCGUUUCUUUGUGUGAGGUCCUUAUCAGAGCAUAGAUGGUUAUCAAGAAUCUGUUAUGGUGAUCUUUCCGUGGCCUGGUGCUAGUGAUCUCAGCCUCCACCUUUCCAGCCACCUUUUCAAUGUUG